CAGGGUAAAAACCUCAGAAAAGCGGAGUGAGAACAUCGAAACUGCUCUUUAACUCUCUGUUGUCUCUGCUUUGCACCGAAGUACAAGUCGAAAACGGGUGAAAAUUGAACUGAAGAAAGGCGUGUUGUUUACUGUUGUUACCGCGUGUUCGAAAAAAAAGAAAGUGGGCAGCAGAUCCCUUUCGAAACGCUUUCUAUUCGAUCUGAGAAUUGCGAAAACAACUCCAAAUUCCUCAAAUUCCUCAAAUUCUGCAGAAUGGUUAUUCAUAUUUCUACAAGGAAUUGUGCAUAAUAAAUCACGCCAGGAGGCAAAGGGUAUUGAUAAACCUGCAAGUACUUGUAUUUGUCUCUAGGAAAGAUGCAGAAUCAGGAGGGGGUGGUAGCUGAUGGAGAAAAGGAGUCCGCUGUAUCCAUUCCUGUAUCUGAAUUUGAUGAUUGGGCAAAAUUUGCAGAUGAUGAUAUCAUGCAGCAACAAUCUGCCUUUCAUGCUGAGGAAGCCAAGAAAGUUCCAUUUGUAGGUGACAAGGAACCUCUCACUAUGUUGGCAGCUGAAUAUGAAUCAGGAAGCCCUAUCUUGCUAGAGAAAAUAAAGUUGCUUGGUCAACAAUAUGCUGCCAUUAGAAGAACGCGAGGAGAUGGGAACUGCUUUUUUCGGAGUUUUAUGUUUUCAUACCUUGAGUAUGUUUUGGAAUCACAAGAUCAUGCUGAGGUUGACCGUAUCAAAGGCAAUGUUGAAGAAUGUAGAAAGACACUUCAGAGCUUAGGUUAUGCAGAUUUUACAUUUGAGGACUUUUUUGCGUUAUUCCUUGAGCAGCUGGACAGCGUACUUCAAGGAAAUGAAGAUUCCAUAAGUCAGGAUGAGUUAAUAAUAAGGAGUCGAGAUCAGUCAAUAUCCGACUAUGUUGUAAUGUUUUUCAGGUUUGUUACCUCUGGUGAAAUACGAAAGCGUUCAGAGUUUUUCGAACCUUUUAUAUUGGGAUUGACGAAUGCAACAGUGGAGCAGUUUUGCAAAUCAUCAGUGGAGCCAAUGGGUGAAGAGAGUGAUCAUGUGCACAUUACUGCCCUUUCAGAUGCAUUGGGUGUGCCAAUCCGUGUUGUGUACCUUGAUCGAAGCUCUUGUGACAAUGGUGGUGUCAGUGUAAACCAUCAUGAUUUUGUUCCUACUUUGGGUGGUCAUUCAAAUGCUACAAGUGGUAGCACUGAGCCCGUCAGUCCUUUUAUUACCUUACUGUAUCGUCCGGGUCACUAUGACAUUCUUUAUCCAAAAUGAUGCAUUUGCAUUUUCUGGUUGUUGACAGUGUCCUAAUCAGUGGUCCUUGUGGGAAAUGGAUCUUGCAGGAUGGCAUGUGGGGAAAUGCAUACUCGUUAUUGGGCUGUAACUCAUGGUUCUAAACUGUUUAUGCGCUUCUUAACUGUGUAGUGGGAUAUAAACACAAGGUUACCUAUGUGAAAUUGCAUCAGUGCAAAAAGAACAGUUCAUUCUGCAAUGCUUAACAUUGAUUUUUUUUGUUU